AUGGCUUCGACCUUCCUAAGCCAAGUCUUGGAGCGGACGUCCUUCUACUCCUUCGGUGUCUUCAAUUUCUUCUUGUUUCUGGGCUUGUUCAUCAAAAAUGGAACGUUCUUCAAGAAAGAUUCCGAGCAGGAUAGACUCCAAUAUGCAAUUGACCAAGAUCGAUUCUGGAACCUCUCCAAGCAACCUCUACCUGGCUUCAGACACUUCUUCUACACCCUCCGCAAUAGUCUCAAACUACACUACAUUAGCAAUCGAGAGAAGCCCUCGGGAGACAGCUUGAUUGUUUUCCUUCAUGGUUUCCCCGAUACUUCAAUGAUAUGGAGACAUUUGAUGCAAGAGCCGGCUAUGCCAAUACCAGACGUCACUCUAGUCUGUGUCGACUUGCCAGGUUAUGGAGGGAGUGAUAGUUUCAAGAAAUACGACACCGAUGUUUUGGAGGCUCUUGCAGAAUUUGUGGUUGCCAUGAGGGAUAAGUACGUUCUGCCGGACGAAUCUGAAUGGGUCAAUACAUUCAUUGUUGGCCACGAUUGGGGUUGCGUUCUUGGAUUUCGUCUAGCAGCAGAGGCCCCAUGCCUAGCAGAACGAUUUAUCUUGACGAACGGCCCACAUGUUGAACUGGCCGUUGCCAACAAAGAUCGUAUCCUGAACUCGGCAUCGAAGAUUUUCAAGCAAUUCCGACAUUCCCCCAAGCAUCAUUUUGGAUGUCUGUCGAAAUCCGUGAAAACUUUGCAGCCAUUACUGGUGCAAACCAUGUUGAUGGGUUAUAUCUUCGUGUUCAAUCUACCCUCUGUUUUCGUGAAAUACAUGGGCGUCGCCGGAAACUUCUCCUUUAUACGAGGAGUUAACCGGUUGGGGUAUGGAAGAGGUUCGAACGAGUACCGGGUCCAAGAAUGCAUGGCUUCAUCCUUCGGACCUGGUCCGGAGGAAUGCAAGACAUCAAUCCCAUCUACUAGUAACGACAAAGGAGAAACUUAUGGGCCCAGUGUCUUGGAAAGAGCCAAGUCCCCCCAAGACGCUUUCUGGAAUAUGACUGGCUACUAUCGUGAUGGAGCAGGAUGGAGACCAUGGACCAAAUCGCUCGAAACCAUCACUGACUUGUAUGCCCUGGAGACUUCGGCUUCCGAAUCAAGUUCUCCUGGCCGCCGUCGCUCAUCGGUGUCCAAUCCACUCUUUGUUGAUCAAUACAGGGGAAGUCUGAAAUCACCUGCAUAUGUUCUCUGGGGAGAGAAGGAUCAGGCUUGUUCGAGACCAAUUUGCUUGGAUGGACUCGGAGAUUAUUUGGCCAAAGACAGCGAAGUGACAAUCCUACCGAGAAGUGGUCAUUGGACGCCAGUUGGACGAGAAUCUCGAGUAGCGCUUGCUACCGUUAUUGGUUUGUUUGCAGGGAAGGAUGCAAAGCCUGUGCCAAAGAUGACCACCGAAGUACAAAACGUUUACGAUGGUGCAGUUCUCAUGGUGAAGAAGUGA